AAGCCCAGAACGCAACCAAUCCACAGAUAUCGGCAACGUCAAAUCAUACAUCCACUGCACGAGAAGGUGGUGGCCGACUAUUUCUAGCCGAUAGUUCGGUGAUAGGCAUGACCAGACGACGCUCAAUCCGGUCUAGCGAUGACCCAGCUCGACAAUCUGCUUUCGAGACAGGCAUACUACCUCUCCUUGGCGUCAAUGAAGAAGCGGACACGUCCGUAUCGUCUUAUCAGUCUCUACCAAGCGACCAGGAGAUAGUCAGGCUCUUUGAACUAUUUCGCCGUCGAGUACACCCCUUUCACGUCAUAACCUCCAAUUUAGACACCAUCGAGCAACGAAUCUGCCAACUGAUCAACGCAAGGGGAGGAUCGGACUUUGGUUCCGAGUCGUUGGAAGACCCUAGAUGGCUGUCUCUAAUUCACGCCAUCAUGGCUGCCGGAGCUCAAUUCUCCGAUAUGAAUCUACAAGAUCGUCUCGCAGCGUCUCAACGACAUACGAAACAUUCAUUUGAUCUCCUACGGUCAACAGAUUAUCUCGCGAAUCCAUCAAAGGAAGCCGUUCAGACACUCCUUAUCCUAGGAAACGUGCUUCAAAAUGAUAUGAAACCUCAGGCAGCUUGGGUUCUUGGGGGCACAACCAUCCGCCUCGCGCAAUGCCUUGGUCUCCACAAGAAGACAGCUCGCUCACCAAAAUCUCCGCUCACGGAUGAAGAGGCUAAAUAUCUGAGAUUGGCAAUUGUUUGGCAGGAUGCCCUCCUCGCGCUCGCUUUUGGUCGUCCACCAGCCUCCUAUGAGUUGGAUUUCGAAAGCGAUUUGCCUCAGCUCUCCGAGUCUGUCGAAAGGCCGGGUCUAUCCUACCUCCAAGCUAUGAGCUGGCUAUGUCAUGUCACAUUGCGCCAUUUCUCGUUUCAUUCCCAGUCGUCACUCGGGCCAGUUUCAGCACUCAACGACAUUAAAUCCAUCGAAGCCUCUCUUUCGCCCCACUUAGUCGAUCCCAUGAGAAGUACUGCAAUACCGCAGAUUCAAGAGCACUACGCUUUCGAACUUCACCGGCAUUUUGUCGUAGCUACUCUUUGUCGCCCGUUCGUGUCGAGAAACGGAUCAGCAGGUCUCAGUGAAAGUGACAGGUCAAAUGUCCUCGAGCACUUUCGAGAAUCUCUCAAGCGCAGCGCCCGAGCUUAUGUUCGGUUGAGGUCAAUCGCAGGACAUGCAAGGCGGUCUUGGGCCUUUACUCACAAUGGCCUAACUUCAGUUCUUCUCUUGAGUUUAAUGCGAGAGACGAGGUAUCUUGCCGAGACCAGAACCCUUCAGGACGAGCUCAUUGCAAGCCUUUCAGAGGGAGAAGGCAACUCCGCCCUGCUCACGGACUCUGGACCCAACGCGCAGCUUUCAGGCACUCUACAGAAGGCCUUAAAGGCUCUGCGAACUCUUCGAUCGUUGACCGAGCGUGACGUUAGUUCUCAUAGCUCAACCCAUGAGAACAACAGCCAAGACAUUGCAGCUCCUGGUCAUAUGCCCACUGUCGGCGGAAGGCCUGCAACAGUCCAAGAUAAUUCUUUUCGGAUCCCAGAACAAUCUGACUUUUGGAACAUCGGCGAUGCCCAGUGGGAAUUUCCCAUCGAUUUCGACAUGUCUCCACUUGGCGCUUUUGACUACAUCAUGUCAGAUCAGAAAUAUGAAAACAAUUCAUUUCUGCCAACUCUAGUGUGAAAUUGAAAACUCUGUCUUGGGUUUUAAUAAUCACAUAAUUGACAUUUUCUACACACUCUCCUAAGAUAUUGCAACAAAUUUCAGGCGGAAGUGAAUCCAAAUGACUCCCAACGCUGCAGCACCUUCUCCUGGACAUCGAUGGGAUAGGACUCCUGGAAGCUCGCAGCUUCCCAGUCACGGCCGGUGGUAUACUCGGUUGGCAUCAAACAAUCGGAAACAACUUUUCCC